UAAACGAUACAAAACAAUCGACAAUUGUUGGGACAAGCACGACGGACUCGCUAUCUGCUCCUACUUCCUACAAGCUUAUCAAGUUCCAGUUUGGGAUGAACAUCCGUUGUUUGCCAAAAUCACGGACAACUUGUACAAGAUUAUCGAGUCCGACUCGUGCGUGAAGUUACUCCCAAAUGGAAAUUUUUGUGAUAUUUAUUCAAAGAAUCUGUUCAAUUAUGUAAAACGAGAAAUGUCGAAGGAAAAAAGAAAGCAAGCAGUUAGUAAAACUGCCACCUUGUCUACGUCAUCGUCGGGAUUACCUAAAUGGCGACAAUCACCGAUUAAUCUAUGCAAAACAGCUACAUGGACGAAAAAAUUCUCGCCUCUAUAUAUGACAAACUAUUGGUUAAACGAAGGUACAGCUACGAUGACGAAUACUGGUAAAACUGUUAGCAUAGAAUUUUCCGACAGAGCACUGCCUACGAUGCGAGGCGGUCCUUUGGGUAAGGACGAGUUUCAGUUCAUGAAUGUGCAAUUUCGCUGGGGCCCGGAAAACUCGUUGGGUGCAGAACAUUCUAUAAAUGGGAUCUGGUACUCUAUGGAAGCGCAAAUAAUGCACUGGAACACUCGUUACGGAUCGAUAGAGAAGUGCUUCGACAAACCAGAUGGAAUUGCGAUACUCUCUUAUCUCAUGCAAACGAUUGGCUGUCCCGGGAUUCCUGAUAAUCCUUCUUUAACAAAGAUUACUAACAGCUUGACAAAUAUCAAAAGAAUGGGAAGCAGUACCAAAAUUUCACCUGACUGCCUGCUUUGGAUGUUAGAAGCGUGCAAGGGUCACGGUUAUUAUACUUAUUCCGGUUCUCUUACCGUUUCACCGUACAACGAAUGCGUCAUUUGGAUUAUUCCGGCUACUAUAACGAAAAUAUCCGCUCGUCAGAUAGAUGCAUUUAGGAAUCUUUAUGACGAGAAAUGGAAAAACAUAUCGGGAAACUGUAGACAGCAACAAAAUCUCAAUAGAAGAAGAAUUUUAUUUGCUAUGGAUGAUGCUGUAGCAUAG